GAGCUCUGGGGUUCCCGGCCGCCGCGUGUGAUAAAGCAGCGGGACCCACUGAGUCGGGUGUUGACAGGCCGUAAUAAACAAGAGAUUAUCGUGGCCGUCAUUUUCUAUACCUCAUCAGUAUCUUGCAAUGACGUAGACUGUGCUGUAACAGCAAUUUAAAUACSUAUAUUCUUAGCUGUGCGCUACUCUUUUUUCAGCAUCAUUCAAUGCCUAACAUUUCAGAAGAUGAAAAGGAGAAUGGUUCUGGAAACAAUGGAAACACAGAGAACCGACCUGGGAAGGAAUCCCCGGAGGCGCCUCUCCGUGAUCCUGUGAAGCCCUACUGCGUGUCGGAGCCCCCCGCUGCAUCCCUAGUUUCCCGGGGAGAUGGGCUGUACCCAUGGGGAUGCCCUGUGACUCACACAAGGGAGAAAUUUUAUACCAUUUGCUCGGACUAUGCUUUUUUAAACAGAGUAACCUCUAUUUGUAAAAGCCCAAGUGCUUCUGUUAGUGCCUGCCUGUCAGGAGGUGYCGCCUUAAGCGUGGGCAACAGCGCGCCUGGCUUGCUUGGCAUUCAGGCAGGUGUCUCGGAGCUGAUUUACAGUGAAGAUGCAAACUUGGAGAGCUUGUCUGACAGCCUCGGGAAGCUCCCUCUGGCGUGGGAGAUCGACAAGUCUGAGUUCAACAGCAUGGCCCCCAGUCUGAAGAACAAAACAGGCAACGUAAAGAAACAAGUAGCAAAGAAAAAGUCUUCAGAGAAAAAAAGCAAACAGCACAGGGAGUGUCCUCAGCGAUCUGCUCUUGAGGAGGUGAAGGACAGGAAAGUGUUGGACCUCCGAAGAUGGUAUUGUAUUAGCCGACCGCAGUACAAGACUUCUUGUGGAAUUUCAUCCCUAGUGUCUUGCUGGAAUUUCUUAUAUAGUACACUUGGGGCUGGAAGUUUGCCACCUAUUACUCAAGAGGAAGCUUUGCAUAUACUGGGCUUUCAACCACCGUUUGAGGAGAUCAGAUUUGGCCCUUUCACUGGAAAUACAACUUUGAUGAGGUGGUUUAGACAAAUAAAUGAUCACUUCCAUAUAAAGGGAUGUUCAUACGUUCUUUAUAAACCUCAUGGGAAGAACAAGACAGCUGGAGAAACUGCUACAGGGGCCCUGGCAAAGCUAACACGUGGACUGAAAGAUGAAUCAAUGGCCUACAUCUACCAUUGCCAAAAUCAUUAUUUUUGCCCAAUUGGAUUUGAAGCAACUCCUGUAAAAGCUAGUAAAGCGUACAGGUUGCUGGAUUUGGACUCGGGAGACCUGGGUUCAGUUCCCAGUUCAACCACAGACUUGCGGUGUGACCUUAGAGGACGAGUCUUGCAGCAAGAAGUGGAAUACUGGAUCUUAAUUGGYGAGCCGAGCAGGAAGCAUCCAACGAUACACUGUAAGAGGUGGACAGAUAUUGUUACUGAUCUAAACACUCAAAAUCCAGAAUACCUAGAUAUUCGACACCUGGAGAGAGGAUUACAGCACCGAAAAACAAAGAAGGUGGGAGGAAAUCUUCAUUGCAUUAUUGCGUUUCAGAGACUUAACUGGCAAAGAUUCGGUCCUUGGAACUUUCCAUUUGGAAGUGUUAGACAGGAUAAACAAUCCCAAUCACAAGGACAGGGUAUUUCCAAAUCUGAGAGCGAAGACAAUAUAUCUAAGAAACAACAUGGACGAUUGGGUAGGUCUUUUAGUGCUAGUUUUCAUCAAGAAUCUAUGUGGAAGAAAUCUAGUCUCCGAGAGAGGAGGAACAGUGGAUAUCAGAGUUACAAUGAUUAUGAUGGAAAUGAUUAAAAUUAACUUUAGAAUAAGAGAGUGUAUAUCAAAGUUGGUUUUAAUCAAGAUACAGUAGGGAUUUAUUAGUCCUAGAACACACAUGAAUAGAAAUUAUGGUAUAAGAUACAGCUUCAUAGUUAUUCAGUAUAUCUGAUUAUAUGGUUACAGUGGGUGAGAUCUGAUGUAUAAACUGACAGAUAAGCACAGACUAUUGUACUUUUGCAAUCAAAAGUAUAUAUGAUAGCAAAAUCAAUCAUUUCUUUUGAAAUAAUGUACUGUUUCCUGACCUGUGAAAACAAAAAAACAGAUUGAAGUGCAAUAAGAAGACUUCACUGAAAAUCUCAGUACUCCAAAGCAUGAAAAUUUACCGUAUGGCUUUACAAAAAGGGUUAUUCUGAAUAUUGUGUAAGGAUAGAAGUAAACAUUGCCUUUCUUUUUAAUACUCCAUUUUAUUAAGGCUGUCAAUAUCCAGUAAAAAGAAAAAGAAAAAAAAAGGAAUGUUAAAAACCCUCAUGAGGUGAAUUCAUGUUCUCACUCAGUUCUCGGUAGACUUUUGUCAAUCGGCUGAUCCUGUUUGGCCAAGGGGAUACAUUUGUCUUUUCUGUUAACUGGGAGCCUGUGGUAGCCCAUGAGGAUCAUAACCCCAGGCAGGAAAAGCCUGGGGAAAUGGAGGGACCUCCCUGCUGUUUUCCUUUCGUGGUUCUUACAGUAGCSGAAUUCUUAUCCUGGAAACUCUUGAGAGCACUGAUCCACUUGGCACUUAACUACAUGGUUGUUGAACAGUGGGGUUGUUUGUUAUGUUGUGUUUUUGU